AUGCAUCUACUUGUCACGCCUCUUCUCUACCGGAUCUUUACUAUCCAGGCUAGCCCGCAGAAUACUAGACUCAUAGGCAUCCUCCUCCUGAUUGAGUUCAGUGUUGUGAUGGUGGUUCACAUGGUCAUGAAUGAGUUCCUUCUCCAUGCCGUGACCUUCGGGUUGGGGGUCCUUUUGGUCGCGACACAGACGAUCAAAUUGGUCUCCCAGCGGGUCCCGCAUCCUUUCACUCGGAAGAAGCUUCGGAACAUCGGCCUCUUUGGCGUCUGUAGCUUCGUCUUCGGCUACAUGGUCUGGCUGAUUGACGAGUGGGCUUGCAAUCCCCUGAUUCGAAUCAGACACUCGGUCGGCUUGCCCUUGGCGUUUGUGUUCGAACUGCAUGGAUGGCACAGGCGGAGUAUCCAUCACUGGCUUGAUCCUCGCCAAAGCCGCGGGAGCAAGAACCAUCGUUCAUCUUCCAGCGAUGACAAGCUCAACCUUGUCAAGCAGAAUUUCGGUGCUGACCUCACCGUCAAUUACAAGACGCACCCCGAGUGGUCCAAAGAGGUCCUUCGUCUGACGAACGGAGAGGGUGUGGAUUAUAUCCUUGAAAACGGCGGAUCCGGUACGAUUGGCGAGAGCCUGAACGCCAUCAAAAUGGGUGGUAAUAUCUCAGUUAUCGGCUUUCUGUCGCGAGCCGAACAGUCGAAAAUGCCUGAUAUCGCUUCCCUGGCUCUUGCCAGGGGUGCUGUCGUGCGUGGUAUCGUUGUUGGAUCCACGCAGCUGCUGGAGGAGGUCACGCGCUUCGUGGCAACCAAGGGACUUAGACUGCCUGUUGACAAGGUUUUUGCCUUCAAAGAAGACGCAGUCAUCGAGGCUUACGAGUACGUCUCUUCCGGUUCUCAGAUCGGCAAGGUCUGUAUCAAGGUCGCGGAAUAA